GGCGGGCAGAGCGGAGCGGAGGCAGGCAGGCAGAGGAACGAUGGCAGCCGCGGCAGUGGCUGAGUUUCAGAGAGCACAGUCUCUUCUUGGAACAGACCGGAAUGCCUCUAUCGACAUCUUACACUCAAUCGUGAAGCGGGACAUCCAGGACAGCGAUGAGGAGGCGGUGCGUGUUAAGGAGCAGAGCAUCCUGGAGCUGGGCGGGCUGCUGGCGAAGACGGGACAGGCUGCAGAACUUGGCGGCCUGCUUAAAUAUGUCCGGCCCUUCCUCAACUCCAUCUCCAAGGCCAAGGCAGCCCGGCUGGUCCGCUCCCUGCUGGACCUCUUCCUGGACAUGGAGGCGGCCACAGGCCAGGAGGUGGAGCUCUGCCUGGAGUGCAUCGAGUGGGCCAAAGCCGAGAAGAGGACCUUCCUCAGACAGGCGCUGGAGGCCCGACUCAUCUCGCUGUAUUUCGACACAAAGUGCUACCAGGAGGCGUUACAACUCGGCUCCCAGCUGCUGCAGGAGCUGAAGAAGAUGGACGACAAGGCGCUGCUGGUGGAGGUCCAGCUGCUGGAGAGCAAGACGUACCACGCGCUCAGCAACCUCCCCAAAGCCCGCGCCGCCCUCACCUCCGCCAGGACCACCGCCAACGCCAUCUACUGCCCUCCCAAACUACAAGCAGCUUUAGACAUGCAGUCAGGGAUCAUUCACGCGGCGGAGGAGAAGGACUGGAAGACGGCGUACUCCUACUUCUACGAGGCCUUUGAGGGCUACGACUCCAUCGACAGCCCCCGAGCCAUCACAGCCCUCAAAUACAUGCUGCUCUGUAAAAUCAUGCUCAAUGCACCGGAGGACGUCCAGGCCCUCAUCAGCGGGAAGCUGGCUCUGCGGUACGCGGGCAGACAGACGGACUCACUGAAGUGUGUGGCUCAAGCGAGUAAGAACCGGUCGCUGGCAGACUUCGAGAAGGCGCUAACGGAGUACAAAGCCGAGCUGAGGGAUGACCCCAUCAUCAGCACCCAUCUGACCAAGUUAUACGACAACCUGCUGGAGCAGAACCUGAUCCGGGUCAUCGAGCCCUUCUCCAGAGUCCAGAUAGCACACAUCUCGUCCCUCAUCAAGCUUCCCAAGGGAGAAGUGGAGAGGAAACUAUCACAGAUGAUUCUGGAUAAGAAGUUUCACGGUAUUUUGGACCAAGGCGAAGGCGUGCUGAUCGUCUUCGACGAGCCGGUGGUGGAUAAGACGUACGAGGCGGCGUUAGAGACCAUUCAGAACAUGAGCAAAGUGGUGGAUUCGCUCUACAACAAAGCAAAGAAGCUCACAUAAGAGAGUUUGGAGCGGCGCGGGCCGGCCGGACCCCGUCGGACCGCUCGCUUCACCUUGGGAGAGGGGGGGAGGAGGGGUUGCGGCGAGGACGAGGACGCCACAGAAACCCAGCCGGCAGGCGGAGGAACCAGCGGACCAGCUGAACCAACCCGGCCCCUCCCCCCUCCUCCUCCCUUCUUCUCUCUCCCCCCUCCUCUCACUGUUUCUUCCUCCAAUUUGAUUGGAGGUCGAUCAGACACAAAGUGCUCCCCCCUGUGGACAAAACCAGGCACUGCGCCUUCCCGCUCCCCUCCACCUGCGGUUUCUUACUCUGUACAUAAUUUUUUUUUUUUUUUUUCGAUUUUUUUUUGUUUUUCGUUUCCUCUCCUCGUCCGUCUCUGCGCUGGCCAUCAGGGAACCUUGUAAAAUACCAAAACACAAAACAAAACACACCUGUAUGAUAACACAAGCCGAGCCCACUCCUCGCUGUCGGGCCUGAAACUGAAUGUUUGAAUCUGAGAAAAAAAAAACAAGCUUUCACUGAGAACGACCCCCUCCUCUCCCCCCACACUCACUCACAAGGCAUUCUGGGAUGCGUGGACCAUACAGGGAACUCCUCCUCUGUCCACUCGGGACCAUUUUCUCCUCCCACACCGGGGGUCUCCUGCAGCCCCCCCCUCCUCCUCCUCUCAUUUGUAUAUAACAUCGCCAAGCGCUCCUUCCAUUCAAGGCCUGAUGUUUAUUCACACUGUCCCCCCUUUUUUUAAUGUGUAAGAACAGUAAACCUGCCGCAGAGAGCUCGGCUGGUCUCUCACACACACACACACACUGACACACACUCGAUGAGUUGAUUGGGCAGGUUUUGCUGUAGAAAAUCAAACUGUACAUUUCUGGGAACUUAAUUUUGCAAGGACUCGAGGGUUUACCAUAUAUGACAUAGAGAGAAAUGCUAAUAAAAAAAAAAUGAAAC